UGGCUCAGAGGAGACUGUCGCAGGUAACCAGCUGCAUCCCUCCACGCAGCUGCGCCCCCAUUGUAAGAUGCGAAAGGCAAGACUCUGGAGACUCGGGGCGGCCGCAUGCUUGGGGAAGGCCUUCGUCCCUGGGGCGCCUGCGCCGGAGCGCGCUGUGAAGCCGCAGCGCGGCUCAGCGCGCUGGCCCGCGUGUCAGAGACCGCGGAGCGAGCGCAGUGCGUGGCCGUGGCCCAGCCCAGAAGUGAAGGCACCGGGCGUGCAAGACAAGGACUUCAACACGUUGCUCCUUGCCCAGUUCCCGGUUUUCGUUGCAGUUGGCGCGCUGAUCCCGGUGUUGCCUUUGUAUGGCCAAGAAUUCGGCCUGUCUCAGAGCUCUGUCGGGUUGCUGGUAUCCUCACCGAGCCUGGCAAAAUUGCUGCUGAAUGUUCCAUUUGGCCAACUUGCCGACUCAAUUGGGCGGAGGAUGUUGAUGGUUGGCGGCAUGGUGUUGUGUGCAGUUGGUGACGUUGGCACCGGCCUGGCAACAAGUCUUCCGUUCCUGAUUUUGGCGCGACUUCUCCUGGGAGCCGGUCUUUCUUCCAGCGAUGCCGGUGCCUCUGCAUGGGUGGCAGAUGCAACCGAGAGUCGAGCAGAUUCUCGAGCAUCUUUUUUGGGUGUGCAAAACGCUGUGAUUGCUCUGGCCUUCGUCAUUGGCCCUGCUGUUGGCGGUUGGCUCGUUGGCGAAUUCGGCUUGCGGUCAAUUUUCUUUGCUGUGGCUGCAGGCGCCACCGCGUGCGCUGGUGGCUACGCGCUCCUCCCAGAGCUCAAGGUGAAAACCUCGAGUGAGGAAAAGGUUUCCUUCCAGGAGCUUAUCAAGGCUCCAGAGCAGCAGGCGCUCGCGUGCAUCUCCGUUGCAUUCUACGCUGGGACGGCCUGCAAAAUCUCGCUCCUCCCAUCUGUGGCCGCGGAAGCUUUCGGCGCAUCGCCUGCAGAAGUCGGACAGCUUUUCUCCGCCUUGGCAGCGCUGGCCAUUUUCGGCACUUUGGUGGGUGGGCGCAUUGCAGAUGCGGUGGGCCCGCGGCCUGUGCUCGUGGUCUGCGGCAGCGUCUGUGCCUUGGCCUACUUCGGGGCGGCCGUGGCCACGGAGAUGCGGAUCAAGGAAAGCUUUGUGGCCUGCUUAGCACUGUGGGCAUUGGCGGCGGCAGUGAAGUCUCCUGCUCUUCAAGCCUUUGCCAUCUCAGCUGCUCCAGAGGAUCAGCGCGGGGCUGCCCUCAGUGUGCCAAAGACUGUGGGUGACCUCAGCUACUUGUUGGCUCCUUUUCUGCUGGGCGUUCUAGAUGACAAUCUUGGCCCAGAGGCUGCGUUGACCUGCUGUGCCACGACAUUUCUCCUCGGCACUGUCCUCUUCGCGAUCCGCAGCUCCGACAGCGACAGAGGUGGCUGAAAAUGGGCACGCUGCCUGCGACAGCGCGCGUUUUGUACGACGGCCCGCCUCGAGUUGCAGGUUGCUCAGAAGGUAAGAGUGAGGCAAGCCAAGCUCGCCGCAUCU